CGCCUACAUGCAGGUUUUCCAAGCAUCAGUCAGCUUUACAGAAAAACAAGCCGCCGUGGACUUGGGACCAUGAACCCUGCUAGCUGCAGUCUGAGUGAUACAAUAAAGGAUUUGUUCGGGUCAGAGUGAUUAUCGAGGACCAGCUGAGUUGUGGACAUGGAAGUGCCUUGCUACCUGCCCAAACUGCUGUUCGAGCUCAAUGAGCAACGUAAGCGGGAUUUCUUCUGUGACUGCAGCAUCCUGGUGGAAGGCCGUGUCUUUAAGGCCCACCGCAAUGUGCUGUUUGCUGGGAGUGGAUAUUUUCGAGCUCUUCUGGUUCACUAUCUGCAAGACAGUGGACAGCGCUACAGCACAGCGUCCUUGGACAUCGUAACAGCUGAUGCCUUCUCUAUUAUCCUGGACUUCCUCUACUCUGGCCGCUUGGCACUGAACAGAAGCAACGUCAUUGAGGUGAUGUCAGCAGCCAGCUACCUGCAGAUGACUGAUCUGGUGAAUUUCUGUAAAGGGUACAUCCGCUCAUCUUUAGAAAUCUGCUGCAAGGAGAAAGAGAGGAACACAGAGAAAGAGAACCAGGCAGACGAUGGACGAUUGGGUCUUGCAGACAGUGGCACUCCUGCUGCGACAGUCUCCAGCGGUGCAGGGGUUGCUGAGCCUCGUUCACAGGAUACAGAGGUGGACAGAGGCUCAGGUUUAGGUUCAGAGGCCGCUACGUCUGCUAGAACCGCGUUGUCCAUCUCUGUCACGACCCCUCCAGGCUCCAGCAGGGACAUGGACAGCGCCUACUCUUCCAGGGAGGAAUUUGCAUCCGGGAGUGAAGGACAGAAGGGACAUAUGGAUCAGACUAAUCUAUCAUCCUCCUCAUCCUCUGCUUUGACUCCAGAGUUGGUGAACCCUAAGAUAGAGUACGACCCUGAUGAGGAACUUAUGGAAUCCCCUGACACCAAAGACCUUGCUUCGUAUGCUGGGCCUCCGCUGCAUAAUACCCAUCAUACCAGGCUGCUUCCCCCAAGUCCCUCUCCCUCCAAUGAACGCUCCCCCUUGGGGUACAGCCCUUCGUUUAACACUCGACAGCUGAUGGAGAUGGUAUCCAGAGGUGAAGGUCCCGCUCCUCUGGGGGAUAGAGUAGGGCAGCGCUUUGCCCAAGGACUAGGCACCAACACAGGAGGAAGCAGAAUGGAUGAAAGUUUAGGGUUUGUGGGCUCAUCUAUUAUGGAGAUCCAGUCUGAUUGGCUUGGAGAAGAUACAGGUGAUGGCUUGGUAGUGCCAGUGAAGCUUCACAAGUGCCCUUUCUGCCCGUACACUGCCAAACAGAAGGGGAUCAUGAAGAGACACAUACGUUGCCACACAGGAGAAAGGCCCUUCCCCUGUCCAAUGUGUGGCAAGAGGUUCACAAGACAGGAGCAUCUCCGCAGCCACACACUUAGUGUCCACAGACAUUACUGGCCAGUAUCAUGCAAGAGCUGCAGACGAACCUUCACUGGAUCGAGUGUUUCACCAGGACUCAGACGCUUUGGCAUCUGCGAUAGCUGCAACUGUGUGACGACCACUCACGAUGAUUCGGCCCCUGUCCACCCCUCCAGCCAAGCGGAACCCAUGGAACGUUCGGAUGGGGGUACAGAUUGGUCCAGUUUUAUGGACGAUGUGGACGAGGUGGAGGUUGGCAGAGUGGAGGACCUAGUGGAGAAACAGAUGCUUGAAAGACAGCUGGCUGUCUGCACUGAUGUAGGUCACACACUGUGAAUAUGACAUCCACGAUACUCAGAAGAAACCCUUCGUUGAACUGUGGCUACACUGUUGUUAUUAAAUUAGAAUUGUAAAAUGACUUAUUUAUUGAUCCAUUUGCAUCCAGAAUAUCCUGUCUUUCUUACUAUUGCAGAUAUUGUGCUCCAGUGAUUUGUCUAGCAGGAAAGAAGUGUUUUGUUUUUUAAAUCAUGGAUGUAAUCCUUAAUUUCCUGAUGUAUUUGCACCACUGAUCAAAACCAAUUAGUUUUGUAUGUGUUGUACAUAAAGAGAAUGUGCCUGUCAAAGCAGGAAUGUGCUGAACUUUACACAAGAUGGACAAAGUAGCCUUUUCCAUGUUUUGUUCUGUCCAAAAAGAGUUUGUACAUAACAAGAGCUUUGUGAGGAAGAUUUUGCCACUUGGGAUACCGUUGCAAUAAAUGUGUUGUGUAACUUUGGAUAUAA